AUGGUCGCUGAAUUCCAGGAAACCAGGUCAGAUCAGAGCGAUAAGACCUUUACUGCCGAUGGCCUGUCGAUCACUUCCGUCACUGUGACAGGAGACAGCGCAAAACCACAGGAAGAGGAAGAAGAGCGUUUGCACAAUGAUUUCGAGAGGGAUAUAAGGACACAGGGAAUUCAAGUUGACAUAAAGCCUAGCAAAUACUUUGAGGGAACAAUGAGACAAAUUUUCAGUCCUUCGAGAACCAGCACUGAUGAACAGUCUACAACAGUUGGAUCCGUGGUAAGAAGACAGAAAAACAUCUCGGCUAAGGUUAACGUGCGGCUGCCUAUUAUAAAGACGAGGCCAGGCACCUGUACACCCGGCGGACCGGGCCGGCACGGCGUACUUACGACUAAACAUCCCAAGCCCCUUCCACCAUAUUACGCUCCGGCCUUACUGAAACGGUUGCACGAUGAAUACAUGGCUCUUGGGGCAUGCUCCAAGAAAAGGAUGGUCUACUUCAACCGACUCGUGGAACCGUGA